UUUUGCCCACCAUGACCACCCUCCCUCUCCUCCUUCUUCUUCUUCUCUUGGGUCUCUCCGAUCAGGCCUCCGCCCGUGGCGCCGCUGCUCCUGCUGCUGCUGUUGUUGCUGGAGGUGAGAGGUAUGCUAUCAGUUGGGAUGACUUGCGUGUGGAUGUUCCGUCGCGCCAGGGGCUGAGCUCCGGUGUGCAUGGCGGCGGGGUUCAGAAUGGAACUGGAACUAGAAUCAUUGUGGUGGAUAAAAGCUCCUCCGGCGACUCCACCACCGUGCAAGGGGCGGUGGAUUUGGUUCCUCAUAAUAAUAAUCAGAGAGUUAAGAUUUAUAUUCGUCCUGGAAUUUACAGAGAGAAGGUAUACAUACCCAUCACCAAGCCAUAUAUUUCAUUGAUAGGAAACAGGAGACGAAUGACAGACACUGUAAUUACAUCGAACAGCAAAGCUUCCGACAAAGAUGUCAGCGGACUCGAGCUCGGGACAUAUAGAACAGCCACGGUUGCGAUCGACUCCGACUACUUCUGUGCAUCAGGAAUCACAUUCGAGAACACAGUUGUUUCAGCGCCUGGAGAUAAGGGAAGACAAGCUGUGGCUCUAAGGAUUUCAGGAGAAAAGGCUAUGUUUUAUAGAGUCAAGUUCUUGGGACAACAAGAUACACUUUUGGAUGAUAUGGGCACACACUAUUUCUAUCAAUGUCACAUUCAAGGGACUAUUGAUUUCAUAUUUGGUACGGCUAGAUCGCUCUAUGAGGUAACGGUAACGAGAUCUAGACAAGUAGUUGAUCCCUUUCGAGUUUUGAACUUGUCGUCUGAUGUUUGUCUGUUUUUCUCUCUUGAAAACCAGCAAUGUGUGAUAACUUCCACGGCGGAGACCUUUGGAGCUAUAGCAGCGCAUCAUCGGAGCUCGCCGGAUGAUGACACCGGGUUCUCUUUCGUGCGCUGCGUGAUUAAUGGAAGUGGCAGAGUACUCCUGGGAAGAGCAUGGGGGACCUAUUCAAGAACAAUAUAUUCUUACUGUUAUAUUGAAGAUAUGAUAAGUCCGUUAGGAUGGAGCGACUGGAGCGACCCAUCAAGACAAAGGACAGCAGUUUUUGGGCAAUAUAGAUGCAGGGGCAGUGGAGCUAACACAAAAGGUUGGGUGCCAUGGGCAAGGACUUUCACCUCCGAGGAAGUGAGACCUUACGUGGAUAGGAACUUCAUCAAUGGAGAACAAUGGCUUAACCUAUGA